UGCGCGGACUUCAUUCUAACAUGCCUCGCUAUAGACAAGGAGCAUCCGCUCAUGGGCGCGGUCAUUUGCUUCACCUCAGUCCCUCUGGAGCAGAGAACCCAGCUCAGCAACAUCGCGAAAGAAAUGGGCGCAAUUGAGCGACCCGACCUUACAGCAGAUGUAACGCACCUCCUUGUCGGGGCGACUGAUUCUCCAAAGUACAAAUUCGUCGCCCGCGAGCGGAACGACGUGACCGUGUUGAGACCGGAAUGGAUCGAAGCUGUACGACAAUCGUGGAUGCAGGGCGGGGACACGGACAUCCAGGCACUGGUCAAACAAUACGAGCUCCCGACCUUCUUUGGUCUUACGCUCUGUAUUACGGGCUUCUCAGAUAUGGCCUUUCGAACGCAGAUGCACGACAUGGCUGUGGAGAAUGGUGCUGAAUUUCGGAAGGACCUGACCAAAAGCGUCACACAUCUCGUUUCUCGGAACACAGAGGGCGAGAAAUACAAGUUUGCGACGCAAUGGAAUAUCAAGGUUGUCACUGUGAGGUGGUUUCACGACUGUCUUGAGCGCGGGAUGAUCUUGGAUGAAGAGAAAUAUCACCCCACCUUGCCACUGGAAGAGCAAGGCAUGGGGGCAUGGGAUCGAACGAUACCGGCGACAGCAAAAGUACAGCUUGGAAAAGGAAGGGCAGCUGCCAAUGACAGCUCGGCGAACCCGCGGCCAAGGAAAAAGCUACGCCGAACAGCGAGCACCAAACUCGUGGGCCAGAACGAAAACAUCUGGGGAGACAUCAUCGGCGCAGGCUUCGCAAACGACGUGGCCGAAUCAAAUAAUGACCAGCCAGAAGAACCGGACGCUGAAAAGCGCAAACCUUUCAUCCAAGCAGCCAAAUCAUUCGCGAGUGAGACGACGUUUCCUGAAACCAUGGAGCAUCGCCCCCUUCCCGACGCCUCAGCCAGAAUUCCGGAAGGGUUUCUUGACGGGUGUUAUUUCUACAUCCAUGGAUUUACUUCUAAGCAGAAAGGCGUUCUUCGACAUCACCUUGAAUUCAAUGCAGCUCAGUGCGUUGACUCUCUGAGCGAAUUUUCUAGCCCGAGCAUACCGAAAACAGGGCAAGGGCUUUUUGUCAUGGUGCCAUACAAGACCCCUAGGUCAGAUAUCCCGUCCACCGAUGAUAUGGCAUUCGAAUGUGAAGUUGUCACCGACAUGUGGCUGGAAAGGUGCCUAGAUGCCCGAGCUCUGGUUCCACCAGAAUCCCAUGUUGCAAGCACACCGUUUGUAAAGUUCCCUAUCCCAGGCUUCCCAGGAAUGCGGAUAUGCUCUACUGGAUUUGCACGCAUCGAUCUUUUGCACCUUUCUAAACUGGUUGGUUUGAUGGGUGCCUCGUAUGACGAGUACCUAACGCCCAAAGCUUCCGUUCUUGUUUGUAAUGAUCCCCAAACCGCGAGCCAUGACAAGCUCCGACAUACGAGCGAAUGGGGAGUCCCUGCUGUAUCGGCGGAUUGGUUCUGGAUAUCCGUCCAAACGGGGCAGAAGAAGCCCUUUGAGCCAUACAUCGUCAGACGACCGGUGUCGCAAGCCAGCAGCGACCGGGAGAAGCUGAGUGUUGCAUCUGCCACUAAGAAACAAUUGCGCGCGCCGGCCAGCAAGACCGGCGACGGGCCUUCUAGACCCUCCAAUGGGCCCGCCACAGAACUAAAAACCAAGUCACUGCCAGUGGAAAGUGACAAGUCUCGAAUGAUGCCUGUCAUUGGCGACGGCUUCUCCGACGAAGAGCCACCUGACCAGCCACGAGCAAGCGUAGCAGAAUCGCCGUCUCCAUCACCCCACAGCAAAACCGAUAAACCACCCACUGAAGAGUAUGCAAAGCAGCCAGCGCCGUCUGCUCUGGACACUGCAUUGAAGGGUCUUCUUCAGCAGGCCCAAGCAGCCAAGUCACGGCAACAGACGGAGAGUAUGACUACCAACGACGAUAGCAGCUACCCAGCGCGCCGAAAGCGUAAACCGCUUCUGGGUCGUGCACCCUCACACUCGUCAAAUCGAGCAACGGAGACAACCCGCGCCAUGUCACGGGCCAGCUCCAUCGAUACUCUCAACGAUGAUGGUCUCGGCUCCGCGCUCGAGAGCGCAGAGCCAACGCGAGAAAAUUCAUUUUCCCGCGCAAACAGUCGCAAUGAGCAGAGCCUAUCGUCUAUAUUCAGCGGUGGCAAGUUCGACUUCUUGGCAGACCAACUCCCUGCCCAGAUUGAUAAGGAAGACGAAGAGAACCAGGAGCCCCAGAUGACACAGCUAGACUAUGAGGACUCCGACGCCGCUGCCAUGCGAGCAGAGUUUCUGCGCAAUGCCGGGAAGUUAGCUGGGACGUCGAAGAAAGCCGAUCCUGGCAUGCUUCUCGGUGAAGUCCGAGAGUUGGAGGAUGUUGGGUGGGGGUCUGGACGUAGGACAAGGAAGCAUGCUCCCAAAGGUGACGAGGAGUGA